UUUGAACAGAAUCCUCGCAUCAGCAAACAAGUCCUCCUCCUCCUCCUCCUGCUCUCUUGCUACUGCUAUUCCUGCUCUUUCCUGCAGCUUUUCUUUGGACAGGAGCGGGAGGAGGUGAUGCCACUUACGUUGUGAACUAUUUCGACUGAAACUUGGAGGAACAAUUUGCCCGCUGUCCUAAUUGGAAUCAAACGCUUUCCGUGCUGAGGUUUAAGAGUUGAAUGAAUGGCAAUGUGUAGCAAAGCGACCCUAGCCUUGCUGAUCUAUGGAAUACUAAUGCAUAGCAGUGUCUACUGCUCACCUGCAGCCGGAAUCCAGUUUCCUGCUUUCAGGUUGGAGGAUGAAGCUUAUGAUGAGGAUGGGAACACUCUGCAGGAUUUCGCCUUUGAUAAUAACCGUUUGGGCUUGGGAAACACUGCAUCCAUGCUGGGGGACGUGCACGCGCUCUAUUACCCACCGGAAGAGAGACAAACAGAUGACAUACUGAAUAAAGCAUACCGGAAAGUUCUGGGCCAACUGUCUGCGAGGAAGUACCUGCAUUCUCUCAUGGCCAAACGCUUAGGGAUGGGUACGGGCGUGGAGGACGAUUCUGAACCGCUCUCCAAGCGCCACUCUGACGGGAUCUUCACAGACAGCUACAGCCGCUACCGGAAACAAAUGGCUGUCAAGAAAUACUUGGCAGCCGUCCUGGGGAAAAGGUAUAAACAAAGAGUUAAAAACAAAGGACGCCGCAUAGCGUUUUUGUAGCGAUGAGUUACCUACCAGCCACCCUGUUGUGUACAGUCCUCUUGACAGAAUGAAAAGUCAUUUCCAAAACUGACUGAACAGUCAUCGCUCCUGUGUUCUAUCUAAACAUGUAUUUAUGUAUGAAGUAAAGCCAUUAAAUGAAUAUUUUGAUAAUAAUAUUGUUUUUCUUUUG